AUGUCCUCAGUCCGCACGAUAACUCCAUGGCGGAAACGGCAGAACGGUGGCUCAGAAGCCGCCUCAUCUCGCUCUCUAGACUACCUUCGCCUCCCGCCCCGUGCAUCCCCUCCCUCCCCUGCGCACACCCAACCUGCACCCCCAUCCCCUACUCCUAUAUGCCACCCCCCUCCCAUGCGCGCCCCCUCACUCCCCCCUCCUCCCGCCCAUGUCCAGACGGCCUGUCCGGGUGAAGCAGCGAGGGGGGAGGAGCUGGUGUUGGCGUGUCUGGAUGGAGCAGCGAGGGAGGAGGAGCUGGUGUUUGACGGUGUGCACGCUGCUCUGGUGGCACACGGCCCUGGUCAGCUGCAGCGACUGGAGCUGCGCUGUGUGGCGGAUGGACGGGUGCUGCUGCACGCUGCUGUCACCACCUCCUUCUGGUGCCAGCCCCAGACUGACGUGCGCGUGCACAUGGUCACACCAGACGGCACUCGCUGGAUCCUCAUGUUUGCAAGCCCAGCAGACUCCUCCGCCUUUCUUCUCGCCAUCGGCUUUGCUCGUGCUCUCGCCGCUUCCCUCUCAGCCCACCUUGCUUCUGCCACGGCACAGACCUACCCUCCGCAUGCCUACGUGCCCGUCCCUCCCACGUUGCAAGAUGUUCUGCUGAGCACAGGCGGACACAGGUCACGGGCGGAGGGUGGAGACGCAGUGCAAGUGGCGCUGACAGCAUGGGUGGCUGACCCCUUCACAUCGCCACACCUGCCUCCCCUCAUGCCUUUUCUCGUCACUCAAGGCAAGGGAGUGAAGCUGAUACUAGGCUCACACAAGGCCUUAGAAGCUCUAGAGCAAGGCAUAGUGGGCAUGCGCAAGGAGGGAAGGCGCUUUCUUGCUGUUUCACCCUCAGCAGCCGGCCGUGGGGACUUCCCUUCCCUGCCUCCUAAUCUGCCCCCAAACACCCUCCUAUUCCUCGACAUCACCCUUCAUCGAAUGCGAAAGCCAGCAGCAUCAUCAUCAUCAGCAACAUUAUCAGCAGCAUCAGCAGCGGCAUCACCAGGGGAUGCCAUGGCUCAGGGCCAAUCAAGAGGAGCCGCUACCAGCAGGCGCCGCAAAUCAUCCACACACUCUCUCCCUCACUCCUCAACUCCCAGCGAGGCUGACUUUGACCCGAACCCAAACCCGAACCUAGACCCGGACCUAGACAGUGACAUGAGCGAUGCUCUUUCAGUCGUGUCGGCCACAGACUCUCUUUCCUCCUUCUCCUCCCGCUCAGCUCCUGUCAGCCCCUAUAAGCUCCUCCGCAAUGCCUGGCCGGGAGGCCUCUCUUCUGCUUCUGGCCUGAACGGGUCAGCUUCCUCUCUCGCCUCGGCCUCUGGUAAGACUCCACCUGGCACGCCCCCAUCGGCUGGUGCUGCGGCCGCCUCGGGAAUUCCGCCUAGGCCUACCAGUAUGGGGCUUGCAGUGAGUGAGAGAAGGGAGGAGGGGGUACGGGGUGUGGAAGGGGUUAGGGGCGCAGAUGGGGUAAGUGGGGCAGAAGGAUCAGCGACAGUAGGGGUAGAAGGAGUACAAGCAAGAGCAGCAGUCAAUUCAGCAACACAACAAGGUGUUUGCAAGGAUAGUGCUGAUGCGAAGGGUUCUGUUGAUGGUGGUGGUGGUGCUGCUGCUGCUGCUGCUGCUGCUGUGAAUAGCAAUGACGGUGGCGCCACAAAGUCUGCUCCCUGGCCGGCCAGCUCCAGACGAGUCCAAAAAUUGCUGCCCAGAGGUGCUGCUGGGAGUGGUAGAUCAGAGGCACGUAAUGGUGGUGUUGGGGAGACCAGCAGGGGGGACAUGCAAUUGGGUGAGACCUGCAGUGGAGACAAGGGACUGGGUGAUGUACUGUGUGUGAGUGGGGAAUUGGAUAGAGAGGGCAAACGGGGUGAGGCGGUGGAGAGAGCAGUGAGAAGACUGGUGAAACUAGGGGAGGGAAAGAGGGGUGGAAUUGGGAGUGGCAUGGAUGAGAACGCUCAGGAGGGGGGGAAAUCUCAGGAGGAGGGGGAAGGAGGAGGGGGUAGAAGUGAGAAUGUUGUGGGGUGGGGAGAUGGGGAGGAGGGUGCGUGUGUGGGUGAGAGAAGGGGAGAGGAGGAAGAGAAGGCGUCGAGAAGAAGAAAAAUAGGAGAGGCGGGGGAAUGCGAGGGCAGCAGCACACCUGAGAAAGAGGGUUUGCCAAAGGAAGGGGAGGAGGCAGAAGAGGCAGCGGAGGAGGAGGUGAUAGGGGUGGUGUCUUUAGUAUUGGCAGAGAACAGAGAGCUGCGGCGCAUGCUGCGAAGGAGUCAGGAGAGAGAGAGGAGAGCAGCAGACAGAUGCAGGGAAAUGGAAGAUAACAUGGAGCUGCGGCGCAUGUUUAAAUAG